AAAAAGAGGGUGAGGCUGGUUUAACGCUGCAGACGUCCACAGAUACCGGACCGACGCGUCAGAGGGAGGAGCUUCACUGUUUGACUGAACGCUAGUAGAAAAGUGCUCAGGUUUGUGUUGGUACGCCUCAACAUGUCCACUGAUCCUGAGGCCGGACCACAACCCCAUCCAGAUGUGAGACGGAGCCCAGAAAUCCAAGAGGAAAGUGAAGAUCCAGGUGAAGUGUGUGAGAGAGCACAACUGAAGGGAGGGCGUGUUGUGAUUGGUCGUCCAGUCGUCAGGAGAAGCCGGUGCUGCAGCGUUCCUGCACUGAUUCAACAUCUGCUGAUUGUUCUGUUGGUUCUGAUUCUGGGUGGACUCUACGCACGAUAUAUUUUUUCCACUGUGGAAAGACAAAACCUGCUGCUGGAAACACAGCAGCUCCAGAACACCAUAAAUGACCUGAACAACACCCUGAAUGAACCAAACAACACCGUGAAUGAACCGAACAACACCGUUACUGAGCAAAUCGUGCAGAAAUCCGAGGUCCAGGCCAAAGAAAACUCGUUAGAGGAUCAACAGAACACACGCAAAGAAGAGUUGUGUCCUAAUGGAUGGAAGAGGUAUCAGUGCAAGUGUUAUAAACUUUCAACUGAGAAUAAAACCUGGGUCAACAGCAGAGCGGACUGUCAACACAGAGGAGCCGAUCUGGUCACCAUCAAGAGCAGAAAGGAAGAGGACUUUGUCAGCAGGCUGAGUGAACAUGAAGAUUUCUGGAUCGGUUUAGAGGUGACACCCUCCUGGGACCCUAAAUGGAUUUGGGUGGACGGAACACCAGCAGAAUACAUGAACUUUCCAAAAGGCACAAAGGUAAAUCCUGGAAGUAAAAAUUACUUUUACAAAGAAAAAAACGGACCCUGGAAGUCCGUCACAGAUGGAACUAAACGGUGGAUCUGCGAGAAGCCGGUGCCUGAACCCAACGAGGACGAUGAGGUUUAGAUGUCGGUUUAUUUUCUGAGUUUGGAGACAAACUGUAACGUAACAUUCAUGAACCCAUAACAACCCAAACAUCUACUGAUCUGAACUGUUGAUCCAUUAAUCUGAUCAAUACAUGUCAAUAAUUGGUGUCAAAUACAGUCUUUUCAUGGUCACCAGAUAGGACCAUAUUUGGACGUUCAGA